CUCCGCCGGCUGUCGGGGCCAAAUGGCUGGAGAGGCGGAGACGGUGGGAGGCUGGAGGAUCGCCGAGGAGCUGGGCUCGGGCCACUUUGCAAAGGUCAAGCGGGGAAUCCACAUCACGACGAACAAGCAGUGCGCCAUCAAGAUUGUGAAGAAGCCGGCCGACGUCAAAAUGGCGCUGGUCCAGACCGAGGUCGAUAUUCUGAAGAAGGUCAAUCACCCGUACAUUGUCCGCUGCUACGAUGUCAUCGAGAAGGGCGACCGAAUCUACUUCUUCAUGGAGCUGAUGGAGGGCGGCGAGCUCUUCGACAAGAUUGUCGAGAUCGGGAACUUCACCGAGUCGGACGCGAUCAAGAUGACCAUCAAGCUUCUCUCCGCCCUCCAGCACCUCCACUCCCUCGGUGCCUCCCUAGACACUUCCUGGACACUUCCUAGACGCUUCCUUCACACUUCCUCCAGCACCUCCACUCCCUCGGUGAUGCAGACGCCGUGCGGCACGCCCGGCUACAUCGCUCCCGAGGCGCCGGCCACUGCCACUGCAGACACUGUGCUGCGGAUGAGGGGAUACGACAAGUCGUGCGACGUCUGGUCGCUCGGGGUCAUCGUCUACAUCCUGCUCUGCGGCUUCCCGCCCUUUUACGCCGACAACGACGCGCAGCUCUACGAGAAGAUCAAGCGCGGCGAGUUUGAGUUCCUGCGGCCCUACUGGGACCCUAUCUCUCUCGAGGCCAAGGACAUGGUGCGCAGAAUGCUGACUGUCGACCCGAAGAAGCGAAUCACGUGCGAGGAGGCGAUGCAGCACCCGUGGCUCCGCUCGGAGGCGUCACACCUCACCGAGGAGAUCGCGACGGUGCGCGGCACCUAGGGGCGACGCGGUGGUUGCGAUCAAGCGCAUGGAGGACGGCGCGCACGGGUCGAGUAGCGAGGCGCCUACCGGCAGAUGACCGACGAGAUGAGCUGCCCCCCCCCCCCCCCCCACACAUCACCCCAGACUCGAGCCUCGGCGAUGCGCCGAUCCCUCCGCUGCCGCCGCCGCCUCGCCAUAGAGGGCGGGGAGUGGCGCGGCGCCGGGAACGCCGGGCCGCCCGCUUGGCCGGGCCGGCCGUUGGCCCAGACCCACCGUCCUGUCUCGAGUCGUGAUCCGUCUCGCCGUACGUCUGUGGUCGCGCGUGGUGGGGGCGCGUUUGUAAUGGCCCCUCAUCAGAAUAACAACGACAAAAUAUGUA